CAGUGAGGUGCCGGCAGUGGACCAGUGAGGAGGUCCAACGCGCCGAGUGAGUGAGUGAGUGAGUGUGUGUGAGUGGAACAAGCUCACAGAGGAGCUGACACCUCUUCAGCAACGUGCAAUGGAACGUGUUUGACUCGAUGCUCCUGUCGGUUCGGAUGGGUCACGUCUGUACGUAGCGGUUCGGUCGCGGCUACGUUUGUGCGUAGCGACGUUUGUGAGCGACGUGUGUGUGCGUGGUGUGUGUGAGAUAUGGCAACGCCGCCGGACAGUCCUGUCGACGAGAUUGUCUAUGAGAUCGAGCCCAGCCGAGUGCCCAAGCAUCGACCUGUCGCCCUCGAGGACCUCUGUCGGCAGACUAAGUUCACUCGACAGGAGAUACGGGUCAUGUACCGGGGAUUCAAACAGGAAUGCCCGGAAGGAGUUGUUCACGAAGACGCCUUCAAAGAUAUUUACGCCAAGUUCUUCCCUCAUGGAAAUGCCACCCUUUACGCCCAUUAUGUGUUCAAAGCCUUUGAUGUCAACUGUAAUGGAGCCAUUACGUUUCGGGACCUCCUGGUGACUCUUUCAACGCUACUGCGAGGCUCCAUCUACGAAAAACUACGCUGGACGUUUAAGCUUUAUGACAUCAAUGGAGACGGUUGUAUCACACGGUCAGAAUUGGCCGAAAUUGUUGUUGCCAUUCAUGAAAUGAUGGGACGUCGCUCACACCACCAACACGUUGAAGAUGAGAGAAAAGCGAGAGAUCAGGUGGAUUUCGUAUUCAGGAAGCUAGACAUCAACCAAGAUGGAGUCAUCACCCUAGAAGAAUUCAUAGAGUCUUGUUUAAAAGACGACGUGAUCACGAGGUCGUUACGGGUGUUCGACGCGGGUCUAUGAUCUCCGGGGUCAUCGGCGGAGGACGACACCCCCCCGCCGAGCAUCGGCCCUCACCCGGGUGCAGCACCGCCUCCCCAGCCACCUCCAGGCGGCCCCGGGGGCGGCAGUCGAAGGCGGCAGUCGUCGGCCUCCUCAUCAGCGUCUCCGGCCUCCGCCUCAGUGCUGCCUCCACCGCCUCCUAGUGCGACGUCCGGGGGUCGAAGGCGGUCCUCGUCCGCGCAGAGGGUCAGGGUGAGGUGGGAUCACUAGGGUUCGCCAGAAAAUACUUCCGACACGGAACGCAAUAAGAGGCCUUCUCUCACUAGGUUAUAACCUUCUAAAAGACUAUAGCAAAAAAGUGACGAGUUUCUAUUGCUAGAUUCGCGUUAUAAAGUCAGUAGCUUCACAUUUUAUAAAGUAGAAUAUUUAUUUGCAUAAAUACAUACAUGGAGACAACAGGUUAAACCCUUAUAUGUCUCCUCAAUGUCAUUUUGAUGACAUUGAUUACAUAACUUUACAUCAGAUUAACAUUGAUUACUAGCUGGCCCGGCGAACUUCGUACCGUACCGCCAAAUAGUUUAAUUGAAUGAAAAAGACUAAGAAAUUGUCAAAAACCACAGAUUUAUUGAUACUUAGAAAGACCGGUUUCGGUUAUUACACCAUUGUGAGAAAAGGGAAAUAGUUUAUCGUAUCUCAUGACAAACUUUAGCUGGAUGCACACCCGAGGAGGCGCGAUGCGGCAGCAUUUUAUUCAUAUAGAUAAUUUCCAACUGCGAAAUAAAUA